GUCGAUAUUGCGCACGCCCACCACUCGUUUUACUUUACGACUGAACUGAAAAAUAAAUGGUGGUGCGUCAAGAACCCCCGGGUUCGUUGGUUAAUCGGAAUAUCGACAAAUUCAGCGCCUGGCAGACUCUGGAAAAAAAAUGUCACGGACUAAAUAACUAAGUAAACGUACCACGUAAGUUAGCUGUUGUCUGUGUGCGGACAGGGAGAGAGAAGAGCGCGUGAUGGCUCGCGCCGAGUCGCCGCCAGACCUCGAGCGGCCGAGACACCAUCCAUUCCUGAUUGGAGUUAGUGGGGGCACCGCAAGCGGCAAGUCCACAGUGUGUGCAAAGAUCAUGGAGCUGCUUGGGCAGAACAAGGUGGACCAUCGCCAGAGAAAGGUGGCCAUAGUCAGCCAGGACAGCUUCUACAGGGUACUGACCCCAGAGCAGAAGUCUAAGGCGCUCAAGGGCCAGUACAACUUCGACCAUCCAGAUGCUUUUGAUAACGAGUUGAUGUACAAAACUCUUAAGGACAUUGUGGAAGGGAAGGUCGUUGAGGUGCCCACCUAUGAUUUUGUCACCCAUUCUAGGCUGCAGGACCGGAUCACCGUGUAUCCUGCCGACGUUGUCCUCUUCGAGGGGAUCCUGGUUUUCUAUUCUCAGGAGAUCCGCGACAUGUUCCACAUGAAACUAUUUGUGGACACGGACUCUGAUGUUCGGCUCUCUCGCAGAGUUCUGCGGGACAUGAAGAGAGGCCGGGACCUUGAGCAGAUUCUCGCCCAGUACACCACCUUUGUCAAGCCUGCGUUUGAAGAGUUCUGUCUUCCGACCAAGAAAUACGCGGAUGUUAUUAUUCCCCGAGGGGUUGACAACAUGGUGGCCAUCAACCUUAUAGUGCAGCACAUCCAAGACAUCCUCAAUGGGGAUAUUUGCAAAUGGCAGCGCAGUUCAGUCGGCGGGCACAGCCGAGGUUUCAAGAGGAUAAUCUCCGAGCAGGGCGAGACACCUCUGAGCAAGAGGGUUCCACUGGAGCCCAGCAGUCGGCCUCACUGAGCUGGGACGGCGUGAGGCUCUGUGCCUUGUCUCCUCUGAUUCCCCUGUCAGGGAUAAAGAUGUGGUUGAAAUAUCCAGUCUCCUGGAACGGAGAGAGCAGAGUGUCUAGUGUGCAUGAUGAAAGAAGUUAGUCUGUGGUUGGACUGUAAGCAAGGGGGUAGGGAUGGUUAGAAAUCUGGGGAGGCUUAAGACGUUAAGAAGUUAGAGCACAUUAUUUGUAUAACAUUUUUCAAACAUGGAAAACCUUGGUAAGUAGCUGCUUGAAAAUUGACAGUUUGGUAAGAACAUAAUAUAUUUUAGCACAAUAACAGUUGCAAGUGACCUGCAACACAUGUAGAAUUUUUAACCAUAACUGAUACAAAGGUUGAGACUUACAAAAAGUGCACAGUCCCUUUUAAUGACUAAUUAGCAUUGAAAGAAAAAUGCAGCAAGCAUGUACUCCUUAUCAUAAAAAAAAUUCAAGAAUAUAUUUUAUUUACAUUAGUUGCAUUUUUUUGAUAAUUAUUUUUGCCAGAUGUGGAAUGUUCACUUCAAGAUGAACCUUGUGGUUUCUUCUUUUAAUACCUAUAGGAUUUGUUUAGAGUGACAGCUGACCUUAUAAUGUGUGCUGAUAUUGAAUACUCAAUCUUAGUCUAAUAACGUAGCCAAACUGAUUUUGGUUGGAUAAAGGUUGAAAUUACUUUCAUGUCAGAUCUGUUGUCUCAUUUAAUGUAUGUAAUACACCUGAUAGGUAAUAUUAAUCUCUUCUAGUGUGUAGAGUUGUAUGCUGUUGUAUUUGUGCAUAUUGUCCACAGUGUAGAGUACUUUUGUCUAUGAAUGUUUUUAACUGUUCAUUUGUGUGACAUGUCAAAUACAUUGAUA